GUUAUGGUUGCCACCAUGACAACCUUCGAGACAGGAAGAAAAAGCAGCGGCUGGGUGGCUGCCCUUAAAAAAGAUGGCAGUCUCCGGACCCCUCCAUGUAAAUGCCCGAUUCGGCCAUAUUUUUUAAGGGCAACGGGUGUCCUUUCAAGGCUACAUUCUUUUUGUCGCGGACGAACCAAACCCCACAAAAGCGUCUGUGACCCCACAGCUCCUCCUUCGGGUUUCCUGCGGGGAAAUAACCCCACCCUGUCCCGUCCGAGACGCGGCGGCCGCGGUGCAUGGCGGGCAACGGCCUCCGCCGUUGCUGACCCGGUGCAUUGUGGGAGGCUGGCCAACCCAGGCUGGCAGAGGAGACCGUGCGCGGGGCAUGACUGCAGGAGUCCGGAUAGUUCCUCUCUCAGCUCGUCUCCCCCUUUGCGGGGCACAGGAACAUCCCCCCCGCCUGAGCCUUCAGCCCCACUUCACCCUUCCAUGAUUGGGUCUGCCAUGACCACCUCCAUCAGUGGACUGGGGUCCCCCUUCCCAGUGAUCAGCUCCUCUAUGGGGUCCCCAGGCCUCCCCACAACGCCCUCCAUUGGCUAUGGACCUGUCAGCAGCCCUCAGAUUAAUUCCACGGUGAACUUGUCAGGACUCCAUUCGGUCAGCAGCUCGGAUGAUGUGAAGCCCCCGCUGGGCAUGAGGGUGAUGCCUGGCCACCUCCACGGCGGCAUGGUGCCCGGGAAGCGCCUCUGUGCCAUCUGCGGUGAUCGGUCGUCAGGGAAGCACUACGGGGUGUACAGCUGCGAGGGCUGCAAGGGGUUCUUCAAGCGCACCAUCCGCAAGGACCUGACCUACACGUGCCGCGACAACAAGGACUGCAUCGUGGACAAGCGCCAGCGCAACCGCUGCCAGUACUGCCGCUACCAGAAAUGCCUGGCCACCGGCAUGAAGCGCGAAGCUGUGCAGGAGGAGCGGCAGCGCGGCAAGGACAAGGAGGGGGAAGGGGAUUUGGUCGGGGGAGGUGCCAACGAGGACAUGCCGGUGGAGAAGAUUCUGGAAGCCGAGCUCGCCGUGGAGCAGAAAUCGGACCAAAGCGUCGACGGAUCCGGCACGGGGGGCAGUUCGGUGAGUUGGGGUGGUGGUGCUGCGGGAUCAGAACGCUCACCCCGGACGUUUGAAGUGAACGAGCCCAACGACCCGGUGACCAACAUCUGCCAGGCGGCCGAUAAGCAGCUCUUCACGCUGGUGGAGUGGGCAAAGCGCAUCCCCCACUUUUCGGAGCUGCCCCUCGAUGACCAGGUCAUCUUGCUCCGAGCAGGCUGGAACGAGUUGCUGAUUGCCUCCUUUUCACACCGCUCAAUUUCAGUGAAGGAUGGGAUUCUACUGGCCACAGGACUGCAUGUGCAUCGUAACAGUGCCCACAGUGCUGGUGUCGGAGCCAUUUUUGACAGGGUGCUGACGGAGCUGGUGUCGAAGAUGCGGGACAUGCGGAUGGACAAGACAGAGUUGGGCUGCCUGCGGGCCAUCAUCCUCUUCAACCCGGAUGCCAAGGGGCUCUCGAACCCAGGGGAGGUGGAGCUGCUGCGGGAGAAGGUGUACGCCUCACUUGAGUCCUACUGCAAGCAGAAGUACCCUGAGCAGCAGGGCAGCUUUCCCCAGCAUUAUGGACUUCUCAAGGGAGCUGGGUCUUCGCAUAAUGUGUCCGAAGUUCGCCAAGCUGCUGCUGCGUCUUCCGGCUCUGCGGUCCAUCGGCCUGAAGUGCCUGGAGCACCUCUUCUUCUUCAAGCUCAUCGGGGACACCCCCAUUGACACCUUCCUCAUGGAGAUGCUGGAGGCCCCUCACCAGAUGUCCUGACCCCCCUCCCCAACUCCCCCCAAGAGAACAGGGGGCACGGUUGGGGGACUCUGCAGGAACACGCGCCCUGGACUGGCACCACCCCUACCUCCUUCCUCUUGACGCUGCAGGCCCCCCCCCCAUCAGCUGUCCUGCCUCCAAGCCCCCCACACCCCCUGGCACCCAGGAGACCACCUUCUCCAACCGAAGGGUGGGGCAGGGUGAGCUUACGCUCCCAGCAGCUGGAUUUGGGGGGUCAGGCACCUGUUUGGUCUUGCGUAGAACGUGGGGCUUUCCCUGACGCACUCUGAGCAGUGUGUGUUUGUGUGUGCGGAGGGGUUCCCUGCCCCUCUCUGCUCUGAGGAAAGAGGCCGCCCUACCAGAUGUGGCUCAGAGCUAGGUUUAAAAACAAGGUACUAUGUUUGGGGAGGAUGGGGCUGCCUUUGCUUGGGGAGGGGGGGAUCACAGAUGUUUCUGCGAUCCCCUUGUGCUUUGGUGGGGAGGGUCCCAGGGCGUGUUUCAGAAACACCCUCCUCCUCCUCCUUUUCACACAGAGAUACUUCCUUGGGUUGCUCCUCUGUGCUUUCUGGGGUGGGGCCGGCAGGGAAGCUCUGCGCCCCGAACAAGGACUCUGGACUCGCUGGCCCUCCUGUCUGAAUGUGUCACGACCCUGCUCUGCCCCCCACCCCACCCCCCACAAAGUAGGUUCUUUUUCCAAAAUGGUUCUAAGGUGUUUGGGGAAUGUCCAGCUGGAGGGGAGGGGAAGAGGUUACCUCAAUAAUGGUUCUAGGACAGUGGGCUAGAUUCUCUCUCUCUUUCUCCCCCACCCCCAGCGAACCCCCGUUUCCCUCCCCCGGGCUCCAGUUUAGCACUUUGAAAAUGGUUUGUCCCUCAUCUAUGCAAGCAAGUGUGGAGGGUUGGGCAAGGCGGGAGGAGGGGAAGGAGGCGCUGUGUGUAUGUGUGCAUGUGGGCUCCAGCCCCCCAAGAUGAGGGCUGGGUUCAGACUCAGCGCCUCCACCUUCGCCCCUGUAUUCACGGGGGGGGGGAGAAGGGGCUGGAGCCUCAGUAACGGGAGGGCCUGCCUGUAGCGAUAAGCUCUUUGCGGGUGUGGGGAAUGUUACGUUUCAACUGUCCCUCACCCCAAAGUUUUCUCAAAUUUGGGAAAGAAUGGGGGAGGGAGUUUCUCUGUUCAGCAGUCGCCCCCCCCAACUGAAAAUAUUUAUCCCUCCCUCCUGCUCAAGGGCCCUGGCUUGGGGUGGGGGGUCACUGAACAGGUGGAGGUGGCAGCCAGGCCCUGUUGGGUGGGGGGUCCCCCACACCCUGCUCUCUGUCUGCCCCACUCUCAGCAUGCCCCCAUACUCAUUUGCUGCUUCCUCCCCACUCUUCCCCAGCCCCAAUUUAUUUGAUUUCUGUUAAUUCCUCUACACCCACUUCCCCUGGAUAACUGCUUUUGGAAUAUGUCAAUUUAAUAAAAGCUGCUCUUUCCGGAGGUCUCCCCCUC